AUGACAAUGCCACAUGGAUGUUUUGAAAAGCUUCCACGAGAGCUUGUUGGCUGCCAAGGGGAAGCUGCAUGGAGGUAACAUGCAGCCCACUGCGGACGUAAGCACCCAGGAGACAUCGGAACAGAUGACUGCAGCUGCUUCCGAUGUGCUUCCUGCUCUUGAACGGACGGAAGAGUUGCCUUCCAUGAAGGACCCCUUGGCGGUGCUGAAUGCAAUUCACCAAGUGAUCAUCUCUGCAGGAUUGACUUCAGAUCUCUCCUUGCCAAUGAUUACCGUCAUGGGAUCGCAGUCCGUGGGGAAGACUUCCGUCUUGGAAAGCCUCGUUGGCCGCGAUUUUCUGCCACGCGGCACUGGCAUCGUGACCCGUCGACCAUUGGUUCUUCAGUUGAGGCAGCUCAGGAGUACAGGAGGGGAAGGACAGGAUGAAUGGGCCGAGUUCGAGCACAAGCCCAAAGUGAGGUUUCGUGGCUUCGACGAUGUGCGAAAAGAAAUCGAAUCUGAGACCAUCCGACUCUGCGGCAACAACCGUGUCAGUGACGAUCCCAUUUUGCUUCGCAUUUUUUCACCCAAAGUCAUGGACCUGACGCUGGUGGAUCUUCCCGGCUUGACGAAGGUGCCAACUGCAGAUCAGCCAAAAGACAUCCCGCAGAAGAUCAGGGACUUGGUGAAGAAAUACGUAGAGAAACCCAGCAGCAUCAUCUUAGCCAUCUCUGCAGCGAAUUCGGACCUGGCCACUUCGGAUGCUUUGGCCCUGGCGCGUGAAGUGGAUCCGCAGGGCCUGCGCACCGUGGGAGUUUUGACCAAGUUUGAUUUGGAUGAUGCUGGCAAUGCCAUCUCAGCAUUGCUGGGUGAUGUGUAUCCACUUCGUUUGGGCUACACGGCCGUGGUUUGCAGGAGCGAAGCUGCCAGUCAAGCAGGAGUGACUUUCGAAGAAGCUCUGAAGGCUGAGCGAGAUUUCUUCGCACGACAUCCCAAACUGCAACCUUUGCAGUCACAGUGCGGGAUUCCCAACUUGGCACAGCGGCUGCAAUUCCUAUUGUUGAACCACAUUCGCCAGGCUUUGCCCACAUUGCGGAGCAACAUGCAGCGAUUGGCCGACAAUUGCCGCGAGGAGUUGACAGCCCUCGGAGAUGAAAGUCUGGAGAAGCAAAUGGGUCAAGGACCGUUUCUGUUACAUCUGAUCUCCAGCUAUGUCCGCAACUUCACAGAUCUAUUGGAGGGCCGUGUGGGCCAUCGACUCCAGGAGGUUCCACCUGCAAAGGUUAUGGGUGGCGCGAGGAUUCAUCACAUUUUCCACCGGAUCUUCGCACAGGCCGUCUUGGACUUCGAUGCGUUCACGGGUUUGUCUGACAUGGACAUCCGCGUGGCCAUGCGAAAUGCUGCUGGCCCCAAGCCAAAGCUCUUUGUGCCCGAGAUGGCCUUCGAAAGGAUGGUGAAACGACAGAUCCAGAAGUUAGAAGAGCCAGCGCUACAGUGCGUGUCAAUGGUCUUCGAGGAACUCAAGCUGUUGGCAUCCCAAAGCGAAUGUCCAGAAAUGCGGCGCUUUGUUGGGCUUCGCGAGAAGAUGCUGGAGGUGGCCCACGCGGUAAUUCGACGAUCACUGCAGCCUGCAAGCAACAUGGUGUCCAACCUGAUACGCAUUGAACGCGAGUACAUCAAUACGGAUCAUCCGGACUUCAUUGGUGGCCUCGGGGCUAUGUCCUGUGUACAAGAAGCACGUCCGGAAAGUUCUCCAAAGGCUACCUCGGCACCAUGGACAGAUUGUAGAAUAUGGGAGGUGUCAAGAGGCAAGCACGGCUUCAACAAGCUUGUCCAACGAGGCCGGGGACGUCAUUCAACUACCACCGGUGCCAUUGGUGGUGAUGCCGGCAGAAGCACCGUCGGAGAGAGAACAUAUGGACACGAAGCUGCUGAAGUCGCUGCUUUUGUCAUAUUUCACCAUUGUCAAGCGAAAGCUGAUCGAUUCCGUGCCGAAGACCAUUAUGCACUUCAUGGUGAACCGAGUUCAAGAAUCUCUUCAUGCUGAGUGCAUUGCUGCCCUCUACCAGACGGACCUCUUUGGAGAGCUCCUGGCAGAGCCUGAGGAGCUGCGCGUGAAGCGGCGGAGCUGCGAGGCCAAAUUGGCAGAAGUGAGAAAAGCACAAGAACUCCUGGUGCAUAUUUGCGACGCUGCUGCCGGCUGUGCAGGCUAAGGCAGCCAAGGCGGCAAAGGUACCGUUUCACAUAGGAGUAGCAUCCUAGAGAUGAGCCCUGCUGAAAGCUGCAGAUCCAAGACGAUCCAAGACGAUCCAAGUCACGCAGUGAAAAUCACAGCUGAGAGCC